GUUACUCACCAAUUCUUAUUUGCAAAGAAGCCACGAAAAAUUUGAAAACAAUCAAGGAAUUUCCAGAAUUAAAUAUACGUAUUCCAGCAUUGAUCUAUAAUCCUGUUAUGCAUUCACAAAACUCUUUUUUAUUAUUCAGAAAUGAAAUAAAAGAUGAAAUAAUUAAAGAUAAUCCAAAUAUAGACACUCGUCAAAUUUCAAAAAUCGCAGGAAACAAAUAG